AUGCAUACAGAAGCCCAAGAGCUGGCAGAAAGGAGACUGUUUCUUUUAGACAAAUAUCAAAGAAAGGGGUUUUCCCCAGAAGAAGCUAGCAAAAAAUUAAUUGCUGAGGAAUUGGAAGGAAGAGAUUCAGAUGCUUUAAUGAGGCAAAGGCAAACCACAGUUGAUUACAACCACUGUACAGAAGCUUUAAAUUACAGACCAAACAUUUGGCCAGAUCAUAGUUCUCAUAUUUCACUUCAGUCCUUAACAGCAUGUGGGAGUGGUGAAGCAGCAUCUACUUGUGCCCCGGAGGGUUAUUCUGCUGACUUUCAAGAGAGGAAGAGCAUGGAAUCUUUUUCUCCGACCCUAGUGUCUCGACUUGUCAAACGUCUGGCAGAUUAUCGUAGGUUGAAGGAAGAGGUAGAAGUUGUAACACCCACAAAGACCUUAGAAAAAGAUCCAGAGGAAGCCAUUACUAAUCGUAUAGGUAAGCUUCUUCAAAAACUUGUUUCUCAGAAUGUCACAGUAACUCAGGCAGACAGAGAGAUUGAAAACUAUAAAAUAACAGAAAAGGUUUCUAACAGUUUCCAGCCAAAAGAUUUGCGAAAUAUGUCGGAAACAGAGAGAGAGCAGCUGCAAGAGGAGUUUGAAAGGAGCUGCAGAGAAGAAAUUCAAAAUCUGUUUGCACUGCUCUUGGAACAUCAAGUUCCAUCUGAUGAAGCCAAGGCUAGACUGCAGACUUUGAAGGUAGCGCAUGAAAACAGAAGGCAAGCUCUUUUCUCAGCUGACUUCAUCAGAGAUAGAAACAGGGAAAAGAGUGAGAGAAAGCAUGGCUUUCAAAAGGAAACUUGCACUGGACAUAAGGAUACAUUGUUAUCUGUAAGCGAACCCAGUAUUGAAUAUGAUAAAAGCCACUCUGCAGAUUUUACCUUGGAUGGACAUUCCAUUUUUCAAAAGCAAGAUCAGAGGCAGAAUUCUCAAGAGCAAAGAGAAUUCUUGAGGUCUUCUAGUAGUGAUGUCAUUAGCAACAAACAUCUCAGAACUCUGAGUACAUGUAGCAGGAGUACUUCAGGAAGUCCAAAGAGAAAGAGGACACACUUGGACAGUAGAAGUCAAAGCAAGGAGAGUAAUGUAUCUCAAAAAAGCUUCAAAAAAUUGUACAGUAAGACAAAGUCUCUUGGUGCAUUAGAUUUUUUUGAACAAAUAUUGAAAGGUCCUACUGUUGGUACUAGCAGGGUUAAAUCUCCUUUGCCGAGCUUAGGGCGUUCUCAGAAGAGAACUGAUUUUCUGUCUUCUCCUUCGAGACCUGUUUCUUCAUUUACACACAACAGAUCAUUCUCUCCAUAUUCACGAAAUCGGUCAAGAUCUCCACGGUCAAGAACAAGAUCCUCAUCAAGAUUUUCAUGGAGAGGAAGCAGGCAGAGAUCUCGUUCCAUUCAGCGUUCUAACUCAAGAGAACAUUCCAGAACAAGAUCACCUGCAUUUAAGUCACAGCAUUCAGAUAAAGGACAUAAUCUAUCAGCUGUGGGUCAUUCCAGGCUCUCUUUCAGCAGCUCAUGCCGAUCAAGGUCAAGAUCACCAAGGUCUAGGUGGUCAAGACAAAGGGAAUAUUCAUCAAAUGAGAGAAUCAAACACUCAUUCAGGAGAAAUAGGGAUGCUUCUUGUUCUUCGGAAAGACCCUUUUUGCAGGGUUCCAGACAUCGCUUUCGCACCAGAUCACCAUCGUUAAGAUCCAGACAGUCUUUUGCAAACAGGUACAGUGAAAAAUCAGAUGGCAGGAGAGGAACACCAUCGCCCAGGUUACGAACAGUCUCACCACCUACUCCCACAGAUCAUUCUCCAUAUAGGAGAGUAAGUGACGAGUUGCAAUACAGAAGACAUUCUUCAGGAAUGAGAGAUCAAUUCAGUUCUCACUCUGAACAGUUCAGAACUCAGUCAAGAGAUGUAAGCAGAUGGAGGCAACACCCAAUGAGGGGGGAUUUCUAUGGUGACAGACUAUCAGUAGAGAGACAUGAAGGAGAGCAAACAGAGUCUAGGCGUUCUCGAAGGCCUGUAUUUCAUGAUGAGAGGAUCAAUCCAUUGGAUAAUUCCGCUGAGUUUCAUUUCCAGAGCGGUGUGUGGUAUGAUUCAGACCUUGAGAGUCUUUCAUCUCUCAGAAGCUCACCAGAAAAAGUGUUACUUCCAGAGCAAGGACCUAAAUCUAAUCAAUCUAUACACAGCAUAAAUCAUCCUGAUAAAGCAAAGAGACCCUUGAAAGAGCGUAAGAGAAUGCCAUCAAUGGAAAGCAUAUCUUCCUGUGAUGAUGAUGAAGUGUUUGGUGUUAAACAAUCUAGUUCUACAAUGAAUGAAGCGGUAAAAAGCGAAGCUUCACCAACAGAUGAUACGAGAAACUGCAUACACAGGAAGGACAGGGUUUCACCGGCAAGUGAUGCACACAACUAUAAAACUUUACUUAAAGAAAAAUGA